GCUCCGCUGUCUGAAGAAGAACCCCGUCACGGAAGCGGCUUAUUGGAAUCGUAAACGCUACUCGGAAUAAUAAUAAUAAUAAUAAAAGAAAGUUGAAAAGUAAAAACUGCUGACUGGCAAGCCGCCGCCGCUCGGACGGCAUGACGGACGUCUGGCAGAGCGCCAUGGACCACGCAGUGUCCGUGGCCCGGAAAGCCGGCUCUCUUGUUCGGGAGGCAGUGCAGAAUGAGAUGAAGGUGAUGACCAAGUCUUCCUCCGUUGACUUGGUGACCCAGACCGACCAGAAGGUGGAGACUCUCAUCAUCCUGUCAGUGAAGGACAAGUUCCCCACACACCGGUUUAUCGGGGAAGAGUCUGUAGCAGCUGGUGAACCUUGUGUUCUGACUGACAGCCCCACCUGGAUCAUUGACCCAGUUGACGGAACCACUAACUUUGUUCAUGGAUAUCCCUUUGUUGCUGUCUCCAUUGGCUUCGCUGUCAAUAAACAGCUGGAGUUUGGAGUGGUCUACAGCUGCAUAGAGGACAAAAUGUACACUGGCAAGAAGGGGAAGGGGGCAUUCUGCAACGGCCAGCCGCUGCAGGUCUCUGAUCAGAAAGAAAUCAACCAGGCCAUCAUUGCCACAGAGUUUGGCUCCGACAGAGACCCUGAGGUGGUCGAAAGAAUCUUUUCCAGCAUGAGGAAGAUCCUCUGCCUCCCUGUGCACGGGAUAAGAGGAGUAGGCACUGCUGCCACCAACAUGUGUCUGGUGGCGUCCGGCUGUGUGGAGGCUUACUACGAGAUCGGAGUCCACUGCUGGGAUGUUGCUGCUGCUGCAGUCAUCGUCUCCGAGGCCGGGGGCGUCCUGAUGGACGUGGAAGGUGGUCCGUUUGACCUGAUGUCUCGAAGGGUGGUGGCUGCCAACUGUCGGAGCAUCGCUGAGAGGAUCGUGAAGGAGAUUGACGCCUUCAGCCCUCCAAGAGACGAUGCUCCUCAGUGAACAAUCAGCUGAGGACUGCCGGACCCUUUCACAUAAUUACACGAAUAUUUUUUAUAAUUUUUUGUGAUUUAAAAAGCUUUACUUUAAGGGGUUUAAUAUGUUUAUUGGUUUUACACAGAAGUAAUUUAAUGCUGGACAAGAAAAUUUAAGUUAAAGCAAACUGCACUUGUACUUUAUCAAAGUCUCCACACACACACACACCCUCCCCCCUCCUCAGUUCAGGGAUGGUCGUUCCCUCUUAACAUAUUAACAUAGAUGGCCUCUUUGACUCCCCGUUCAAACCAGUGUUCCUCCCUAUCUAGGAUGUGCACAUCCUCAUCCCUGAAAGAGUGGCCACUGGCCCUGUAGAUGGUCUAGACUGUGGAGUCCUGGUCUGUAGGUGGUGUAAACUGUGGACUGCUGGCCUGUAGGUGGUGUAGACUGUGGAGUCCUGGCCUAUAGGUUGUGUAGACUAUGGAGUCCUGGCCUGUAGAUGGUGUAGACUGUGGAGUCCCGGCCUGUAGAUGGUGUAGACUGUGGAGUCCUGGCCUGUAGGUGGUGUAGACUGUGGAGUCAUGACCUGUAGGUGGUGUAAACUGUGGAGUCCCGGCCUGUAGGUGGUGUAGACAGUGGAGUCCCGGCCUGUAGGUGGUGUAGACUGUGGAGUCCUUGUCUGUAGAUGGUGUAGACUGUGGAGUCCCGGCCUGUACGUGGUGUAGACUGUGGAGUCCUGGCCUGUUAAUGGUGUGGAGUGCUGGCCUGUAGAUGGUGUAGACUGUGGAGUCCCGGCCUGUAGUUGGUGUAGACUGUGGAGUCAUGACCUGUAGGUGGUGUAGACUGUGGAGUCCGAGCCUGUAGAUGGUGUAGACUGUGGAGUCCGAGCCUGUAGAUGGUGUAGACUGUGGAGUCCUCUCCUGUAGGUGAUGUAGACUGUGGAGUCAUGGCCUGUAGGUGGUGUAGACUGUUUAGUCCUGGCCUGUAGGUGGUGUAGACUGUGGAGUCCUGGUCUGUAGAUGGUGUAGAGUGUGGAGUCCUGGCCUGUAGAUUGUGUAGACUGUGGAGUCCCGGUCUGUAGGUGGUGUAGACUGUGGAGUCCCGGCCUGUAGGUGGUGUAAACUGUGGAGUCCUGGCCUGUAGAUGGUGUAGACUGUGGAGUCCUCUCCUGUAGAUGGUGUAGACUGUGGAGUCCUGGCUUGUAGAUGGUGUAGACUGUGGAGUCCCGGCCUGUAGAUGGUGUAGACUGUGGAGUCCUGGCCUGACGUGUUAGCUCUCCUGUGUUGUGUCAUCCUCUUGAGCAGCGUCUGUUUAGUUUCCCUGAUGUACAAGUCAUGGCAAACCUCCUGGUACUUACCAGCGUACACUAUAGUGCUCUGUUUGUGCCGGGCCACAUGAUCCUUGGGGUGGACCAACUUCUGGCACAGCGUUUUUGGGGUUUGAAAGCAACUGAGAUGUGGUGUUUGGAAUAUAUGUGUCUCAGCUUUUCUGACACUCCCGCCACAUACAGAGUCACCACUGGUUUACGCUCAGGCAGCUGUUGCCUUUCUCUUCUUCUUUGACACUGGUCAUUGGUUUGGGUGGUCAUGCCACUGUGAUGUUUAUAAGGGUGGGACAUCUGCAGUCAGGUGAGGCUGAAGAGGUCACUUAGAUGAUGAUGAAACAUAUCUGUCAAUAAAGGUUGUGUCCAGA